AUGGAUCUACCAAAAGAAGUACUACCCCCGUCACCCAAAUUGCAACCCAAGUACAACACCCAUAAACUUGGGCUGAGAGUUGGCGUCGAUGCCAUGGCUGCAGGUGCGGCCGGCGUUCUCGUAGCACCGGUCAUUACGAUGAUAGACAAGGGUAUCAUGCAGAAUGCGAGUGGUGCAAACACACUAGGCGGCAGUCUGCAAAAGAGUGCUGCGGAGAUGCUGAGGAGACCGCUGAAGUUUGUCGGGAGCAGACCGUUCCUGUUGGUUUUUACCCUCUACUUCGGGACCUACAUGACCGCAAACACAACUGACACAAUCUCCACCACCCUAAACUCGACCCCCCUUGAUACAACCACAUCCGGAACCUCCAAAUUCCUCGCCACAAGCACCGCAAAUCUCUCCCUCUGCCUCUUCAAAGACGCCCAAUUCACCAAACUCUUCGCCGCCGCAAACACGCCCGUCCGGCCCGUCCCCCUCCCCACUUUCGCCCUCUUCACCAUCCGCGACGCCCUCACCAUCUUUGCCUCUUUCAACCUGCCGCCCCGUCUCGCCCCGCACUUCUCCGAUGCCAUGGGCGCUGAAAUCCAGCGGAAUUGGAUCACUGCGCCUAGUGCGGCACAAUUCGUUACCCCGGCUGCCGUGCAGCUGUUUUCGACGCCGCUGCACCUCUUGGGGCUGGACUUGUAUAACAGGCCGCAGGUGAGUGCGGGGGACAGGGUGGCGCGUGUGCUGAGGGAUUGGGGGAAGAGUGCGCUUGCGAGGGUGGGGAGGAUUGUACCCGCGUUUGGGGUGGGUGGCGUGGUCAAUAUGAAGGUUCGGGGGUGGGGGAUGAGGAAUUUGCAGGAAAGGAGUUGA